AUGAAUGAUAUGAAUAAUGAAAAUGUAUUAUUUAAUAAGAUAUUAAUUAUUGGAAUGAAGGGUGUUGGAAAAACCAAAUGCAUAUUAAAUUACGUCUAUUCUAAUGCUUUCCCAUAUAAUCACGAAAUUGCAAUUGAGGAUAGCUAUAGGAAAAUGUCACAUUACAUUGAAAAGUUUCCAGUGAUUGUAGAAUUAUUCGAGUUAAUUGAAAUCAAUCCAAUUAGUGAUUACAAUUUGAAAUACGUUAACGAGUCUAACAUUGUUAUUGUAAUGUGUGAAUUAUAUUCUGAAGAAUCAGUUCAGUAUUUGGAGAGUACUUUAUUUCCAGCUAUGGAGGAUAAAAUAGCAAACCUUCCAACUUUAAUUGUAAUUAAUGAUAAGCUCAAUAAGGAAAAUCAUACAAAAAAACGAAUUAAGAAACAAAAUAUCAAAUCAAUUCUAGAAAAGUUUAAAAUUCAUAAUUAUUCAUUCAUAGAUAUAAGUACAAGUAAUUAUUCAACGAUUGUAAAUUUAUUUUCUCAUUGUACUACUAUUUUUGCUUUUACAUUCCAACAAAAUAUUGAACUUGUAGAAGUAAUUUUAAAAAAGGAUAAGAAAUUACUCUCCAAAAAUUGUGUAAUCAAUUAA